AUGUCGUCGAACUCAUCUAAGGCAGAUUUUUUGUAUAAAAAAGAUGAUUCCUUCAAUGAAUCUUCCCGCGUUAACCCAUCUUUCUUUAAAGAUUCACCUUGUGCCUUGAAAGAAAAAAAAGUCAAGGAUGAGUCUAUGCUACCAAAUGACGGAAUACCAGUCAAAGUAGAUGUUGAUGGUUUCGAAACAUACGAAUGCCUAUACGUCAAUCACUUUGAAAAAUACUGUACAUUGGAGCCUCAAGUAGACGAUGUAUUCAACAACCACGGAAUGCCUUGUGAAGACACUUUGGAUCCAGCGUCUCUGGAGGAAUUAAAGGCAACAUGCUCCUCAAUACAAAAGUGCCUUGAGCUUCGCUUCAAGUAUUUACGGUUGUCUCUUCAGCGUCCUAUAGACAACCCGAGACACCAGGAUACAUGGGAAAUAUAUCCAAAUGAUAACCAGAACCCCGAAAACUGGCAAAUACCGUCCGAGGAUACUCAGACAAAAUACAGGCUUGAGCCGUCUGGGGUUUUCCAGAUCUAUGCGUCCAAAGAGGACAUGGACGCCAACAAGCCAAUGCUGUCGAUACCAACGGUAAACGAUUUCUGUGCCGACCUCAAGAGCGUUUUCUCCGUCUCAAACGACGGCCCGGCUAAGACAUUCGCCGCCGACCGGCUGGCGUAUCUGGACUCGACAUGGGACAUUUAUUCACUGCGCUUCGGGCACCAAGAGUCUCGCAGAAUCAAGAACAUCCUCCACACUGACUUUUACUCUGUCAGAAAAGUCGAUACCCAUAUUCACCACGAUGCUUCGUUCACCCAAAGGCACCUGCUGCAGUUCAUCAAGUCCAAGCUCAAGGACCACCCCAAUGACGUUGUCCUUGUCCAGGAUGGGCGUCCCUUCACACUAAGAGACUUGUUUGACUCUUUGGGGCCGUCCCCCGGCCUGGCCCCCGACGACCUCACUGUCGACCUCCUCGGCAUGCAUGCGUACAGGGACACCUUCCAGCGGUUCGACGUUUUCAACUCAAAGUUCAACCCCUUCGGGCGCCCCGCCUUCCGCUCCGUCUUCCUCUGCGUCAACAACCACCUCAACGGAAGGUACUUUGCCGAGCUCACCCGCGAGGCAAUCGACAGGCUCGAGGCCACCAAGUGUCACUUCGCCGAGCACAGAAUCACUCACUUUGGACUCUCCCCCGACGAGUGGGACUCCCUUGCCGCUUGGGCUGUCGACCACAGCCUCUUCUCCCCGCGUCUCCGCUGGCUUGUCCAGGUUCCCCGCAUCUACCGCGUUUUCAGGGCCGAUGGCUCCCUCCAGUCCAUGCACCAGCUCUUCAAAAGCACUCUCCUUACCUUUUCCUCCCCCUCUUUGACGUCACCUCCAACCCCUCCCGCAAUCCCAAGCUCCACAUCUUCCUCCGGGCUGUCGUCGGCUUUGACACCGUCGACGACGAGUCCGUCCCCGAGAACGACCUCGACUUCGAUCCUCCUCCCCCCCUCGCCUGGGACUUUCCCGACAACCCGCCUUAUUCCUACUGGACAUACUACCUCUAUGCAAACCUCGCUUCCCUCAAUCGCUUCAGGAGCGCUAGAGGCCUGA